AUGCGAAAAAAUCGAAAAAAUGAAGGAAAAUAUAAGGGAGAGAGAUUGCAUGAGUGGGAAAUAGAGUUGUUUGAGGGGAACUUGAGUGAAGAAAAGAAGACAGAGUUGAAAGGACGAAUGAACAGAUUGUAUAAAGAAAAAGAAAAGUUAGAAGCGGAUAAAGAUAACAAAUGGAAGCAUGUAGCGAUGUUGCGGGAUGCGUUAUUGAAGUUUUGUGAUGAAAAAGAGAAAAAAAGAUCAUAUGAAGGUGACGUUAAUGCAUUCGCUGAAAGCAAACGACGAUUCUUUGAUGAUGAACUCCCCAAGCACAUGCGUCCUUCAAGCUAUGCACAUUUUGAAACAUUAGCUGAUAUGCAGAAAAAUUAUGAACAACCCAUCUUGUGUCAUCGGCCUCCAGGUGCCUCUUCUACAUCAGUUACAUUGUUGCACCCAAUUUUUGGUCAAUUUGUGGAUGAUUGUAAGGAUGGGAGGCCUGCUUCAGAGGAUUUUCAUGAAAGAGAACGUGCAGAGGUGUUUCGUGAACUUAUAACAGACUACUGUGAACUGUCUUUCAUUGCAUGUGAAAUUAAGAAUGGUUAUACAACAGAUGGAUCUUUAAUAGCAGGCAAAUAUUAUUAUGCUAAUGUGGAAGCUAACGUUGAACUCGGUUCAGGUGGAGAACCUUUAUUUCAAACGACUAUCCAUUAUUUAAAUAUUGUGCGCGAGUAUGCAAUGAAUUACCCUGUACAAUUGUCACAAUCCCUACAAAAUCCAGAGCUUUUAUAUAAGUGGAAUUACAAAGGUGGAGAUAUGAUUGUUUAUUUCAAAUAUGUGUUACAACCCAUAAAGGAAAAGUUAAUUUUCUUUGCUAAAAAUGACAUGGGUAAAAACAUUUGCAUUAAAUUUGUUCAUCAAUACUUAGCAGAUGCUCACAAUCAUUGUGUUAACAAAGCUUAUGCAUCUCAUCUUCAUAGUUGUGAACAUAUUUCUGCAUCUUCAUGGGUAAUUGGAUACAUGAAUACUAAUUUCUCAGUUAGAAUUAAUGGAGAUAAUAAUUUACCUCUUGUUAUGCUGAUAGACUUUGACUGGACAGGAAAGGAGAUGAUGGUAUAA